AUGUUGGACGUGAGGUCCUUGGCGUUUUGGCUCCUCGUUCGCGUCUCCUGCGGGGAAGUGCCGGACUCUCUGGCGGUCGAGUCUGUGAAUGCUCUGUCCUUCGUCACCUUCGACCCCGGAUUCGCGAAACGCGGUCGGUCACUGACUUCAGAUUUGCAUGGGAUCCCCUCCGCCCUUCCGCUCGCGUCUCCUCCGCUGAGAAAUGGGCCGUCGUUCCCGAGAAGGCGAAGGGUUGGAAACAUCGGAAUCCCCCUGUUCUCCCCUCGAUUACCCCCACCCUUGAGGGGUUUUUUGCCCCCGCGACCCGGACAGAGGAGAGGACCCAUCCGACCUUUCGCUGGGAGCGCCGCUCCCAUCGCGGCCGAACCCCCCGAGGAUGGCAACGAAUACGAUCGCUUCUCUCCGCUCGAUUCCCCCGAUUCCGAAGUGGAUGGGAGCUUGGAGACCGCACUCAGGGUCAUGCAGUUUCACAGACAGUCGUUGAAGACUCAUCUCAUGGAGGUAUUCCUGUUGACCGUCAUUCAAAAUCGAAGUCAGGACCUGCAGAGGUUUGGAUUCUCUCGAGCAUCCCGGUUGAAGGAGCUCGAUACUCUGAGGCGGCGAGGCACGACAAGAGAGAGGACCCCCGGACUGUUAUCGCCGGAGAGCAGAACCGCAGAUGAAGAAUCGACCGGCGACUCGCACGAGGAGACAUCGGAAGACGAAGGGAAUGGCUUUUGGAUGACGGACAUUUUGGACGUGGCCAAAGACGUGAUGAAUUGGUUGGGCGGAUUCCUCGAUCGUGCGGAUUCCACUCACCCCACGGAGAAGAGCCAAUGCCUGAAGAGGGCACUCUGUGACAUCACGCGACACCCCGCCGCUCGCGAGGCCAGCGGACGCUACCUGCCGACCUGGGGCCUGCUGAGAAAUCUCACCGAGAGGUGGUUACUAGCCCGUAACGGCCUCGACUGCGAACUACUCACCGAGCAGUGCAGUCGAGAAUCUCGUCAUUACAUCCCACUUCCCAUCGUUCAAACUCGAUGA